GUUUUAUUUUACUUUAUUUUGAAAUGAAGAUUACGAUUGUUGACAGCAGAUACAACAUACCUACUCGAUACCUACGACUUCGGAUUCCAAACCAACGUGGAAGACUACUCUUCUUGUGGCCAGCUAUUUCCAAGUUCAACAAAUACAUAAAGGUCGGCUUUAGAGUCAACCGAAUGACAUGGAAUAUGUGGCAUCGACAAAGCUUGACCCAGAUAAAGCCUAUUGCUCAAAGACAUUCUGCACUGUUAUUAUCAUCAAACACUCGCAGCUCGUCUCAAUCGGCCAUUAGUACUUUGCACACUUCAGAGACAAUCCCAAGACAGUCUAUCUCUAACUCGACAAACGACAAGACAGAAUCUGCCCAACCCAAUGAUGAUAGUAUCAGUGAAAGUAAUAGCAGCAGCAGAAGCAGUAGUUCAUACACACCUUUCUUUGAAAGCCAAUUGGGGAAUACCCGUCAUUCUCUUUCUGGAGAAACGAGUGGUCUUCGUCGAUGCAAAACACACUAUGCCAAUCUUUACCAAUACUUUGCCCAUAACAUAAAAACAUAAUAAUGCUUCUUCUUUACCUAUUUACCUCUUGACAUCUUUCCUUACUUACUUAAUUACUUAUCUAUUUAUUCAUUUUUUGCUCUCUCGCUUUCCCUCUAUUUCUCUACCUUUCUUUAUAUAUAUACAAGCACUCAUUCCACUCACUCCAUUCAUCCACUUCAUCCACUUCACCCACUUCACUCAUUCUACUCACUCCACUCACUCUAUUCAUCUUACUCACUCCAUUCACUUUAUUCACCCCACUCACUUUACUCAUUUACUCAUUUACUUGCUCUCGCAUUCGCACUCUUUAUAUAUACACUUUCUUUUAAAUAAACUUUUUGCUUUAU